AUGAGCGCUGCGCAAAAAAUAGUACUAAAAAAUCCGCAAAAACUUCAAGAAUUUUAUUCUAAUAUUCACGAAAAAAAAAUUUAUUCAUACGUAAUUUUCGAAAUUUCUGAAGAUGGUACAAUAGUUGUUGAUGACGAAGAUUACAAAUCCUAUGCAGAUUUCUUUGAGAAAUUUGUUGAAAUUUCUCGUGGUAAAAAAGACUGUGUAUAUGCGAUGGUUGAUGUGGAGGCGCGACGUGGUACCAAAAAACUCGUCUUCAUUCUUUACUGUGAUGAACAAACUGCACGACGGUCUAGUAUAGAACAUUUUCCAUUGUUCAGUGAAAUGAAGAAAAUUUUUCCUUCGGCCGAUCUUCAACUAGCUGCUAUGCAGUAUCGAGAUAUCAAAGAAGAUAAAAUCAAGAGUCGUCUAAAUUUCUAA